UAUGGCGGGUUAGAAUCACAAAAGCCAGCUUUGAUGAUUGAACCAUUGCUUUAGCCAUUCGCUUCAAGGAUUUUGACUUCGGUUGGACAUCAGACGCAAACAGAACUAUUAUAUUAAUAUUUAGGACUUUCGUUCUAUGGGAUUGGAGUCGUGUAACUCAUCAUGAAAACUGUUUAUGGAGAAGGAACCUGACAUCACUUCGAGUUCGAGUGAGUCAGCAUCCGAACCCGAGAUAAGAAACCCCAAAGAAAAUUUUGGCAUCAUGAAAAUAAGAAACAAAUUGAAGUUGUGAUAAUCACGUGUCUGGAACUUACACUACACACGUGUGUAAAAUGUAUUAAUUUCAGAUGUGGCUGUUCUCACCUACCAGUAACUAAUGCCAACUUCAUCUGACAUGGCUGAGGAGCAAACUGUCAUCGCCAAGUAUGACUACAAAGCGGAGAAUGCUCAAGAACUUGACAUAAAAAAGAAUGAGAAACUGGUUCUACUGGACGACACUCGGGGAUGGUGGAAAGUCCAAAACACUCGUAACAAAUCUGGCUAUGUCCCAUCAAAUUUUGUCAAGCGAUCCAAGACAUCCAAGUUUCUCACCAGUUUGCGCAAUACGUUGGGUCGAAAAAAUAAAGGGGAGGGCAAGGUAACGGUUACAAGUCCCAUGGUGAGUCGAAACGGUGAUACAGGAAGUGACCAGAACAGCACUAGUAGUGAUGUACAAAUAUGUGAUCCUUCCCCAGCCAUAUCAAAGUUUACAUACGCCGCACAACAACCGGACGAAUUGUCCCUUACGAAAGGAGAGAGGGUGAUGGUUUUAGAAAAAUCAUCCGAUGGCUGGUGGAAGGGUAGGAAAGCCGAUAAUGUAACGACAGGCUGGUUUCCAUCUAAUUAUGUUGAUUUAGAACAGAGUGAAAACGAUGGGUCCAUGUACACUACGGCUGCCGCUCUGGAUUACCCCCAGCCACCGCUGCCAGAACCGGAUACACAGGAAACAGUCACCACAAUAUGUCCGUUUAACAGUACAAACCCGGAGGAACUCAGUUUUGAAAAAGGUGAAAGGUUAGUGAUCAUAGAAAAGCCUCCAGUUGAUCCUGAGUGGUGGAAGGCACGGAAUGGGCGUGGGGAGGCAGGUCUUGUGCCACGGAAUUACGUACAGACUGUUGAGGACAGUGAAGGAGAGACGGCUACCAACACAAGCUCCUGUACGCCGCAGUCACAAUCCACAAGUAGUCUAUCCAAUGCCUCAAAUCUCAGUGUUGUUGGCAAUAGAAAACAAUUCCGUGUGUCUGGUCCCAUGGCCGAAAAAGACUGGUACUACGGUAAAAUCACCCGGCAGGAAUGCGAGGAUGUGUUGAGAAAGUUUGCAGACGAAGGAGAUUUUCUUAUCCGUGACAGUGAAUCUGCUGCUGGCAACUUUACUGUGGUGUUAAAAGCGAGUGAAAGAAAUAAACAUUUUCGUGUUCAAGUGAAUGACGGCAUGUACCAGAUUGGCCAACAGAAAUUCAGCUCACUGGACGAGUUGAUAGAGCAUUAUAAAAGACACCCAAUAUUCAAACAGGAAAACGAAAAACUCUACCUUGUUAAAGCGUUUGUGUAUCCCUCAGAGUUCUAACAGUACCCUUUAGGGGGGUGGGGCUAAUUAUUAUAUCAAUUGUGUUGAAACCCUUACUCCCUCGAGAUUUAUAACAAUACUUGAUUGGGAUGCAAGGGCCAUUGGAUUAAUUGUGUUGAACCUUUCAUCCAAACAUAAAUCAUGUGCACAGUUCCAGUCGUCUCAUUCUUCAUGUGAUAGCAUCCCUAGGAUUUCUAUAUACAUAUGUAUCUCUCAACUCGAAAGGAAUACUUUAAGGUAUCCUCAGAGCCGAUAACAGUCUUGAUUUUUUAUUGAAAUGGUUAUUACUUUCUUAGGAUUUCUAUACUAAAGUAUAUACAUAUGUUCAUGUAUCUCAUGAUCAGCUCUAAAAGAGAUACUAUUGGAUUUGUUCAGAGCCGAUAACAUUCUUGAUUUUUAUGGAAAAGGUUAUGCUAGUCCUUGCUUUCUAGAGAGGCCCGUAGGCAGAGCACUCGAGGCAAAUAAGGAAACAUCCCUGAACAAAUAUAUGACGAUACCUAAUUAAUUGACUUAUAUUUGAAGUAUAUUUUGUUAUAUAACACAAGAAUACAUGUACCUAUUGGUAACACUUGAUGUAAUAAUUAUUAUGUUUAAAAUAGGGAUUUCAAAAUAAUUAUUAUGUUAAAAAUAGGGACUCGAAAUCAUACUGUCAUGUAGGUAUAUGGUACUUUUACAGAGGAAGCUUAACCCGUUCACCCCUGAAGUCGCAUUUGAACCUUACCAUAUCAAAGACUGAGCAAGUCCAGUUUAAAAUGUAGGGGUGAAUGAGUUAACCCACUGUAUAGGACGUAGUAAGGAUGCUGGGCACACGUAAAUGACAAGUGGGUCGCCUUUUGAAAAGUGGGCCGCCUUUCUUCCGACACAGUUUUCUUAAAAUAAAUAACAUACCUCAUAUAUUUGCGUAUUUUCCUGUCACAGAGAGACAUAAAGGUCAAUUUAUCCUGCUUCUAAAAUUAAAUUCCUAAUUGAAAUAACAGUAGACUGUCCAGAUUGGUCACUAUACAAGCAAAAAAUUGUGGUAGAUUUGUUUUGUAUACUUAUUUACAGACCAUUUUGGUGACAUAAGUUGUCUAUCAAAAUUAAUCACACGACUUCCUUAAGUAUAAAAUUCAAAACAGAAAAGGUCCAGAAUUUCUUGAUAAUCAUUCAUUUUAUAUAUAUUUGAAAUCUAUUGGGGCACCCCUGUAUUGCCUAUAAGAGCAGGCAGUCUUAGUAUAUCAAACACAGCACAUCCUUCAGUACCAUGAGGCUAUGUUUAAUAAAUAUCUUUUCCAGGUAAAAAUUAAGGCUCUAAGGCUGUAAGUGCAUUUAAGUAUAAACUUUAUUUAUUUUACAACAAUUAUGGAAGUUAUAUUAUACAUUAAAUGCCCUUGCAAAAGGGAAACAUGAUUCUUUGUUUCUCCAAGGUUAAUCGUGUUUCAUCAAAGCCUGAGUGAAACCCCUCAUGAAACAUGAUUAAUCGAGGAGAAAACAAAGAAUCGUGAUUCCCUAAAGCAACGGCAAUAAAUAAUUUACUAUACUGGAAAAUAACCAUAUAAAAAAUAAUAACACAAUAUUAGUCAUAUCAUGUCUCUGCAAAUGACGCGCCAUUGUUGUUGUCUGCUACCGUCAUUCGGAACUAAAGGUUGUAGUGGCUCUUGCCAAUUUUUCUAAAGAGGCUCUGAAUAAGAGAAAUAUGAUCAAGGAAACUUAAGUGCAUUAGGGAGACAUUAGGUUUUAUUGCCCUGUCAUGUGACCAGUAUCAUCCAAUCAGACACGCAAAAAAGGAUAAACAUCCCUGUAAAUAAAAAAGUAAUUGUGAAUAAAGUUUCCCAUGAUUGCUUUAUUUAUUUUUGAGCAAUAUUUUAGCAUCUGUAAAAUCUUUCACAUGAAGAAUGUUGGGACUGUUUGAAUUUCGCAUUUGUGCUGUGUUCACACUUUGUAUAAGGCUUGUGAUUCUAUAUCUGUGGGUGGAAGUCUUAAUGGUGAGUUUAACUAGCAGUUAAUUCAUUCAUCCCCGAAAUUUCACAACGAACUAUUCCAACUUAAGAUUUGGAAGAGUUCAAAUGUUUCUUCAGGGGUGAAUGAGUUAGCAUCCAUCUUAGUCAUUAACAUUUGAGCAUGAGUAAAUAUUAUACAUGUACCCUGAACAAUGUUAAACAAAGUUAUAUUCUUGUGUCACUAGCGCUGUGUAUUUGUAGGUAUUUAUAUAUUAUACAUAUUUACAAAAAAAGGUUUCCAUUCUCAUAUUCAUCCAGUGACAGUUUCAUAAGUUUUUAUCUAGAUCUGUACAUGUACAAGAAAGUAUGUAGUUCCAAAUGGUUGUUUUAAAAUUUCGUUUUUUUUGUCUUUGCAAAUUUCUUAACUUCAAAUUUGAAGUGAAUUCAUUCACAUUUAAAAUCAAAUUACAUACAAGAUAAUAUCAUGUGUUCGUACUAUGGAUUUGAGAAUGGAAACCGUGAAAAUGAGUCCAUAUAUAUAGAGGACAAAAUGAUGAGUGUUACAUAGGUCAUUACUGGUCACCCGUACACAUCAGAUAGAAUACAGCUGAAAAUCCUGCCAUCAUAUACUAUAAAUCACUGAUAUUUUGGCGAGAUUUAUUUUUGUGUCAAUUCUUGUGGAGAGACAAUUGAGAAUUCAAAUUUGUCGCUAAUAUUAAGACAAAAUUAAACAAGGAACAUAUAUUGGUCGUUGGUCCUUUUUGCGAAUUUAAAUCCUCGCAAAUUGGUCGUUGGAUUAAUCACGAAAAAUAAAUAUUCACAAAAUUUCUGCGAUUUAUAGUAACACAUACCGGUUAUGUGGCUUGAGAGAGGCCAUGUGCUAGACCCUCUAUAUGUGUAUACAGUAGCAUUGUAUAUCAUCACCAACAUAGGAAGUCUAGCUACCUCAAGCCUGUCAUGAGCUUUGUGUAUAGGAUACUUAAUUAAGCACCUCCUCUCCAAAAGGUUUUCCACAGUUAAGUCAAGAAAUCUCGUGAUUAAUGAUCCAACAGUAGUUUAGACAUGGCUGAUUAAGAAUUUUUGCUGCACAAGAAUUCAAAUUUUUAACAACAAUUGUGAAAUUAUUUGUGAAAGGGAGAUAACUCUUUGAACUACUUCCAAAUAGUCGGAGCUUUGAUGUUGGGGUUCAGGCUUGAAUGUAGCUGCAUUUAGCACAUUGGUUUUACUUUUUGCCAAAGUUACCUAAAAGUUAAUAUUUAAAUGGGAAUUCACAAAUAUGCAUCAUCUCUUAUGAAACCUCUAGCCUUUAUUUUUACGAUUGGUAGUGGGUGUACUACUGGCUAGUUUAUGUCGCUGAUAAAUAUUGUAACUCACUCGAACCCAAAUCAUCAGUUACAGUGAAAAAUGAGAUUUUGGGAUAUAGGUCAUUCAUUCAAAUCAAUCGGUUCAUGCAUGUACACCACAAUUUCAAUUUCUGCCAAUUGAACUGUUAACAGUUGAAUUGAUCAGCAGGCUGGGCCUGUUCAGUUUUAUCCUUUCAUUUGCCAGUGUUCAAUUUUUAAUUAACAUUGAUACAUGUAGUUUACGUUAUAGCAAUGAGUCAAUAGUGAACAAUCUUUUGGAAGCAAGUACAGUAACCUUGUUAUACUGCCACCAUUUGUCCCGAGAAAUUUUGGCAUUAUAAAGAGGUUUGGCGUUAAAUUGAAGGAAAUGUGUAAAAGAAUUCUUAAGAAGAAAAACAAAAGGGACCUCAAAAGAUAUUGGCGAUAAGCGAGGUGGCAAAGGAAACGAGGGGCAAUAUAUCGAGGUUUUACUGUACAGACAUUUGUUAGAAGAAAUAUGAAAAAGCUACUUAUAUUUAUUACACUUCACCAUUCACACUGCUGGAGCAUUAGUUAAAGGGCAUCACUGCAUCCGUUAUAAUCGCGAAGAAGAGUCUCGCUCAUAUUUUUUUUUCUCUCUAUUUUAAAACAUUCAAAUUUCUGAACGACUACAUUUCUAUAAAAUGCUGGGCAACAUGCAAUUUUAAGGAAUGUUUGUUUUGAAAAGGACUUCAAAUAUUUCACAAUAGUGACUUUGGUAGUAACUCAAUCAUCCCUGAAGACACAUUUGGACUCUUCCAUUUCAAAGGUUGGCAUAGUUCAUUAUGAAAUUUCAGGGGUGAAUGAGUUGAUGUACAUUGUUGGUACUCUUUACAUAUACUUUAUGUUCCUAAUCCACAUUAUGUUUUUUCUAUCCAGUUAAGAUUAUUGAAAAUGAUCAUGAAAAGACAAAAAAACAACUAGACCAACAAAAAUGAUAAUAAUCUAUGCUCCUGGUUGUAUUAUUGAGUUGUACAUAUGCAAGCAGCUCAGACUUUUUUACUUUUCAAACAAUUUAAGAAAUUAUUUAUUAAUAUUGAAAUGAUUAAAUUCAUAUAUUAAAGGUGAGCCAUGUAAACACGUUUUUGUAAAUCGUGGGUGUGUACUAUGUGCAUUAGCAUCAAUUUUUUGUAGCCCAACAGCUGGAAGAAUAUCCUCAAUUACUUUCAAUGUCUUUGUGUAAAAUUCCCCUCAAACUGAUAUACUGUCAUCAUAAUUUGUCAUCUAAUCAUACAUUUUUACAAGCACUUCUAAAUACGGAUAAAAGACAUCUAUAUUCAUGCUUUAGAAUUCAUAGAAAUUCAAGUGUCAUAAUGAAAAAAGCCAUUCUAGAUCAUUGAAAAAUCUUUUGUCGCAAAUAGUGAAGUUCAUCUCGAUUUUACGUUUUACAUGUACAUUGUUUAUCAGUUUCUUACUUAAACAACAACAUGCAGGUGAUCAAUACACUUGGUUAAGGAUACCCGUACCACUGCCAAAAACAGGGUUGGAAACUGUUUUUUCUGGACUGACUGAAGCUUUGAUAAAUCAUUUCUG